AUGCCUUCUCAAUCCGACGACAAGCGUCAGGCGGCACGCGAAGUUAUUGACAUUCUUCACGAGAUCUCUACGCUUCUCGUAUGUGAGCCAUCCAUUCCUUCCCAUGGCGUUAUCAACACGGCUUUGGACAGAACUGAUCUUUCUCUUUGCGUCUCACUCAUCGAGAACGGCGUUAAUCCUGACGCCCUUGCUACGAUUAUAAAGGACUUGAGAAAAGAAGCCACAGCCGCCCCACAGCUCACCACGAAUGAGAAUGACCUUGGUGAAUAG